ACUUUCAGUUUCGUUGGCGGCGGAAUCGCUCGGCGUGCUCUCUUCGAUUUUAUUCGCAACAUUUUUUCUGUUGGGUGCCGAACGUGCGUUCGAAAUUCGCGAUAUAUAAAUAACGCAAAGUUCGAAUUCGACUGGUUUGGUGGUUUAUUUUCUCAUCGAGAAGUUAGUUUAAUUAAUUUAUUUUUUUUUGGUUUAAGUUCACACGUUAUUUUUGGGCAUCGAAGUGUUUACUGAAAAAAGUCUUCAGUCGACUUAACUUUAACGGAAUGAGAGAAGUUUAGAUCGGCACGAAGAGUUGCAAUGUUAAGAUGGUUGGGACCGAAAAAACUGCGAGACGAAUCGAUCGGUGAUGAUAACAAAAAGGAUAACAUCGAUAACGUAACGGACGACCCUUUGGCUGCCAUCGAUUUUCAUCACAAGAACAAACAAAUCUAUUCCAUUAGCAGGUCAGUCUACUUGCCAAGAGUUUCACUCAAGACUUUAGACGGAUUAGUUAACCCCUUAUACACCGAAGGAAAAUGUACUCAAAGCUCUUCCCUACCAAGACGUUUAAAAGUUCUCGGAUCAUCAAGACACAGCACACCAAUGUCAGCAGAAAAAUUAUCCUCUUCGGGGUACGAAGGAAGCGGUGGAAGCGUAAACUACGUAACUGAUGCAAAAUUAACAGACACAGAUUGUAUUUUAGAACAAAACGGAAAUUAUGUAAAAUCAAUUCAAGUUUCACCUUCUUCGGAGGCUAACAAGAAAAAAAUGUCUUCUCAUUUUUCUGGUUCUUCCGGAGCAGGAACUUUAACAACGAUUCUUGAAGGAAGAACUGAUUUUACUAUUCCGAGACCAAUUUGGCCUAAACAUGGUGAUACGAAAAAAUCUUCACGAUUAGAUUACGAUAGUUUAGUAGAUGAAGCGGUGAUGCUGUACACGAAUUCUUGUGAUAAUGUGAUUGAAGAACAGUCUUUAAGAGAUGUUCUUAUCGAAUUAUUGAAUAGUAUUAACGCUACCAUCGAGGGCAAGGGAAUAACGCCGGAGGAAAUGUUAAGAUGUGUAAAUGAAAAAUUAAAAUUAAGCGUGGAAGCUUUGAAAAAUUCGACGGAAGAGGAAAUGCGAAAACUUUGUAUCGGGUUAAGUAACUCGAAGAAUAUCAGUUCCGUAGUGAGAGCUUUUAGCAAUCGAAGUAAUUCGACCAGUGGAAAUUCCAGUCAAAGCUCCCCAAAAUGGAACAGUGAAAGAAUACGAACUAACUCAUCAGGAACUGAAGAUUUAUAUCAAAUAGCUUCUGGUUCUUCGAGUAGUGGUUUUAGUGAUUCAGUAAAACAUUUGGAUAUUAAUCAGUUACCGGUUUUUGUUCAUGAAAAUUUAGCAAGUGUACCAAACGGUGUUCGAAACGCCAUGAUCUACGGUACUUUGUGUCGAACUAAUUUUAAAUCCGGGACGGAUGUGUUAAUCGAAAAGGAUUCAAAGAGUGCGGUUAAACCGAAGAAAAGUUUGCUGCUGGCGGCGAACGAUGACAAACCGAGCGUUUGGGAACAAUAUUACGGCGUUAACGCUGCGUUGGAAGCUCACGAACAACACUCCGGAUCUGGGUACAUACCAAAGCCUACCGACGUGCCCAUUUACCCUGGUGGACGACCGGAAACCGAUUUUACUUUAGAUGUGCAUCGAUCAGAAAUUUUAACCAAACGGCUCAAAGCAGAUAAAAAAUGGAGAUGUAGAUGUAGAAUUGUAACAUCGAUUUUGGGAGUUCUUUUCUUUUUGGCGUCGGUUAUGGCUGUUAGUUUGGUGUUAACGAGGGGAAAACGCAUGUUUGGAUCAAUGGUUUGAAGUUACCACGAAAAAAAAAUAACGUUAAAGGAGUUAAAGAAAUUGUAUUUUGUGAUAUUUUUACUAAAUAUUUAGAUUAUAUACGCUGACUUUUCUUUCUAAUUCAAAUAGCAUCAGAUUUAAAUCAUAUUCAUAAAAAUAAAGUAAUGAACUGUUUUGUUAAUUUUGAUUA